GCGAGGCGCUGCGUCCCGCCGCGCCUGUGCGGGCCCUCGGGGCUGCGGGAGCCGGACGAGGACGCCGAGCGGUGACUCCCCGCCGCUCCCGGGGGCCGUGACGGAGAUGCCUACAUAGAAGAGUGACAGCAACUGGACUGAAUGUUUCGCUGCUGAACUGGUUCCUCAGGUAUCCUGGCUCUAGAGAUUGCUAUGGGAGAUUGGAUGACUGUUACAGAUCCAGGUCUGUCUUCAGAAAGCAAAACUCUCUCUCAAUAUACCUCAGAAACAAAGAUGUCUCCAUCAAGUUUAUACUCACAGCAAGUGCUAUGUUCUUCAAUACCUUUAUCAAAAAAUGUGCACAGUUUUUUCAGUGCCUUCUGCACAGAAGAGAAUAUUGAACAAAGUAUUUCAUAUCUUGAUCAGGAAUUGACUACUUUUGGUUUUCCUUCAUUAUAUGAAGAACCCAAAGGUAAAGAGACAAAGAGAGAAUUAAAUAUAGUAGCUGUUUUAAAUUGUAUGAACGAGCUACUUGUACUUCAGCGGAAGAACCUUCUAGCUCAGGAAAAUGUGGAAACACAGAAUCUGAAAUUGGGAAGUGAUAUGGACCAUCUACAGAACUGCUACACAAAACUUAAGGAACAACUGGAAGCCUCCAGGAGGGAAAUGAUUGGGCUUCAGGAAAGAGACAGACAGUUACAAUGCAAAAACAGGAAUUUGCAUCAGCUACUGAAAAAUGAGAAAGAUGAGGUACAAAAACUACAAAAUAUCAUUGCAAGUCGAGCUACUCAGUAUAAUCAUGAUAUGAAGAGAAAAGAGCGUGAAUAUAAUAAACUGAAGGAACGUCUGCAUCAACUUGUUAUGAACAAGAAGGAUAAAAAGAUAGCUAUGGACGUUUUAAAUUAUGUAGGAAGAGCUGAUGGAAAAAGAGGCUCCUGGAGGACUGGUAAAACUGAAGCCAGAAAUGAAGAUGAAAUGUAUAAAAUUCUCUUGAAUGAUUAUGAAUAUCGUCAGAAACAAAUCCUAAUGGAAAAUGCUGAACUCAAGAAGGUUCUUCAGCAAAUGAAAAAGGAAAUGAUUUCUCUUCUUUCCCCCCAAAAGAAGAUACCUAGAGAAAGAGCAGAUGAUAGUGCAGGAACUGUUAUCUCUGAUGUCGAAGAAGAUGCCGGGGAACUAAGCAGGGAGAGUAUGUGGGACCUUUCCUGUGAAACUGUGAGAGAGCAGCUUACAAAUAGCAUCAGAAAACAGUGGAGAAUUUUGAAAAGUCAUGUUGAAAAACUUGAUAACCAAGUUUCAAAGGUACAAUUAGAAGGUUUUAAUGAUGAAGAUGUAAUCUCACGACAAGACCAUGAACAAGAAACUGAAAAACUUGAGUUAGAAAUUCAGCAAUGUAAAGAAAUGAUUAAAACUCAGCAGCAACUUUUACAGCAGCAGCUUGCUACUGCCUGUGAUGAUGAUACUACGUCACUGUUACGAGACUGUUAUUUGUUGGAAGAAAAGGAACGCCUCAAAGAAGAAUGGUCCCUUUUUAAAGAGCAAAAAAAGAAUUUUGAGAGAGAAAGACGAAGCUUUACAGAAGCUGCUAUUCGCCUAGGAUUGGAGAGAAAGGCAUUUGAAGAAGAAAGAGCCAGCUGGUUAAAGCAACAGUUUUUAAAUAUGACUGCCUUUGACCAUCAGAACUCAGAAAAUGUGAAACUUUUCAGUGCCUUCUCAGGAAGUUCUGAUCAGGACAAUCUUGGCAUGCACUCGAGGCAACGGCAAAAGAAGCCUCAGAGUGUGUCUAAUGGGUCUCCAGUUUGCACAUCGAAACUUACUAAAUCUCUUCCUGCUUCACCUUCUACUUCAGACUUUUGCCAGAUGCGUUCCUGUGUGUCCGAACAUAGUUCAAUCAAUGUGCUGAAUAUAACUCCUGAAGAGACUAAACCAAAUCAGGCUGGAAGAGAAUGUACAAAUCAGAAAUGGAGCGUGCCAUCAAGACCCGGGUCACAGGAAGGUUGCUAUAGUGGAUGCUCUUUGACCUACACAAAUUCUCAUGUAGAAAAAGAUGACUUACCUUAGACAUGUGGACUGCAGUUUCUUUCAUCAACAUGUUCAUGAAAUUUCACAUCUAAGUUGAAACAGGGUGUGUCAUAAAGUCAAUUAUCUCUAAUAAUUUAAGAUGGUCUGAGUUGUUUGUUUGGACUUAGCUGUCUUCCCCCAAAGAGCUGAAAUGUUAAAUCUAUUUAAAAUGAUAUGAAAGCUUUGGAUAUGUAUUUUUAGUAACAGAAGCAUCUGGUUCUGUGAAUAAAGGAAUGUAUAGAUGUCUGGAUGGAAACAAAAGCACUAGAAUGAGUUUCCUCUUAUAGGUAUUAAAAUAGCACUUUUAGGAAACUGACUAUUGUAAAUGUUUAAUUUUUGUCUCAAAUAUAGUUGGCAUUGGAAGUGUAGCCUUUACUUGAAUGUAUACUGUAGAUUUUUAACAAAGCAAGUUCUAUAUUUAUUAUGUUUAGUGUGAUUUGAAAUUACCUCUUUCAUAUGUUUUAAAUAAAGUGAAAUUUAUGUAUGUUUUGUACAUAGAUAUACAUGAUUAUGUUGAGGCUUUAAGAUUUAAAAGUUUCACACAACUGUAAGUAUAGUAUUUCAUGCCAAUAAAAUUUUUUUAGGUGGUAUUCUGUUUACAGAUGUAUUAGGACCAUUGCCACAUUACAUUUAAGAAUUUUUUAAAUCCAUCUGGGCAAUAAAUAUUCAAAGUUAUUCCAUGAAGCCUAGUUCUUUAGAUAGUCAAUAUUACUAACAUACAUUUUUGAGAUUUUUACAGCAUUAGAUUUUUAUUUUAUAUAUGUAGGAUAUUAUAAUUUUUGAAAGGACUAUUGAUAGAGUAAUAGGGCAGGACAACAAAAGACCUUUAAAUAAAAUAAUUUAAGAAUAUUGGUUUAAGAUAUUUGGAUGAUAGAAGAUAUUUAAGAUAUCUAGAUGGUGAUAUUUUCCUUACCAGAUGGGUACUAGUACAGUAAUAUCUGUACCAGCCAGGGCUUUGUAUCAUUGCCAAUAAUUUUUAAAUAAUUUUUUAAUGAGGUAUUUACCACUAAUGAUAAAUAUGACAAUGUAAAAGCAUUGAAUUUUAUAAGUCAGGUAUUAUGAUAUUCUGGACAAACUUGUGUCAUUUCAUUUUCAGAACAAUCUUAGGCUCUUUUCUGUCUCUAUAAGAAUGUUUCUGAUUGCAUGUUUCUUCAUGAAAAGUAUGUUGUUGUUAUUGAUAAUAAUACUAAAUAUAGGCCCAGGCUCUUUCCAGGAUUUUCAUCACAAAGCUCUAAGUGCCUAGCCCUGCUCGUCUCUGUACAUAGACGCCUACACAGAUCCCGUCCUGGCUAGGAAGGUAUUGUAAUUUAGGUCCAUCUGCCUUCCCCUUUUCUAGCAGUUCAGCCACUCACAUACACUCCUCCUCUUUGUGGCUAUUCCAUUUAAAUUUGUCGUCAUUACAGAAAACAAAAAGCCUAUUUGUCAUCCAUUCACUAUAUGUGACUCUUUGGAGUUGUGUAACAGCAGCCAUUUUUCAGGACUGCUAGGAUGUCAUUAAGAGUAUCUGAUGAGAACUGAUGAAUAUACUCAUAACACAGGAACCAUAUUUAUAGUCUCCAAGAGCUAGCUCUUGAGCAUUAGUCACUACCUUCAGCUUGACGCAUGGUCACUUCUGUACUGCUUAAAAUAUUACAAAUGGUACAAAAUUUCAGAAAUACUACCAUAUUCCAAAAGAAGAAACCUAGCUGGGAUAUAGUUACUCUUUUGCUAUUGAGCAAUAACAUGGUCAAAGAAAGGCAAUCAGAAAUUUUAAAUAUAAUCAAUGAUACAUUUGUCAAGGAUUUUUUUACCUCCAGGGUUUUCCAUGGUGUACUUUGCCAGAAAUAUGCAUUCUAAUUUUUAAAGUAAAUCUCUUACUUUAGGGAAUACUGUAUUCCAUGACAAUGGAUUUCUAGAAAAUAGCAUCUUUUUUGUUAUUGUGUGUUUCCAUUUUAAAGUGGGUUCAGUUCUCAUAUUGGAAAGAAAAUUCCUUGAGACUUUAAGGUGUGAAAGAAACAGUCAAAUGAAAGCCAGGUUCCUUGUACUUUUGAUAUCUGCUGGAAGUUGUAUGUUUCCCUAACCGCAUCACUUUUGUUUUGUGAGAUAUUCCAAGUCCAAAAUGAUCCCAAGUCGCCCUAGCCUUCCCGGAAUGUUGGAAUGGUUUCCAUGUUGGAAAACCCCUGGCUCCAAAUACAAAGCUCCCAGGAUUUUGUUUCCCUUCUUUUUCUAGGCAUUUGCAAUGUGCUAAUAAUACAGCUGUGUUACAGUCUCACGUUUAGCCGUGAUUAGAUGUACUGUAGUGCACUUCAGUUUGAAAGUCCUCCUGAUAAUCUUAAGCAUUUUGUUUAUCAAUAUGUAAAUCUGAAAUAAUUUGUACCUUGUUUGUUUUCACAUGGCAUAUGUCCAUUUUGAAUUUUCAAAGCAUAAAAGUGGCAAAGAGAAUUUGAAAUAAAAAUUUUAUUUACUACCCUUAAA